AUGAGGAUGGUGGCUGUGGAUGGGCCGUUUGGGACGGCCAGUGAGGAUGUCUUUCGUUAUGAAGUUGUGAUGCUUGUGGGUGCCGGUAUUGGUGUGACACCUUUCGCUUCCGUUCUAAAGUCUGUGUGGUACAAACACGUCCAGGAGAACAAAAACGUCUUCACCAAAAAGAUCUAUUUCUAUUGGCUGUGUCCGGAGACGCAGGCUUUCGAAUGGUUUGCAGACCUGCUGCAGAGUUUGGAAAGACAGAUGAUGGAGAAAGACAUGAGCGAUUUCCUCAGUUACAACAUUUAUCUAACGCGCUGGAAGGAUGCUGAGGCGGCCCAUUUUAGAGUUCAAUAUGAGGCGGAAGAUGAUCCCAUUACUGGGCUUAAGCAGAAGACUCUGUACGGUAAACCCAACUGGGACAAUGAGUUCAGUGCCAUUGCUACUCAACACCCAGGUUCAAAAGUAGGCGUUUUUCUAUGUGGUCCUAUGGCUUUGGCCACAGCUCUGGGAAAGCAGUGCUUUUCACACACUGAAUCUGGAACUGAGUUUAUAUUCAACAAAGAAAACUUCUGAUGUGCUUCAAAGUGUGUCAACUCAUAUGUAUCAGAACUUGUUUUCUAAUAAAAAAUACUGAAAAAUCCUUA